GGCAGCCUAAGGUUAGUUGUUACGAAGGUUUUUUUAGUUAGAGACAUCAGACGUGUCCUGUAACGGAUGAAAACAGCUGGAUACUUUCAUCCUCCAAUCAAGGCUAGCAGAGGGUGGAGCUCCAAAUAAUUUAUUUAUGCAGCACAAAAUCCGUUUUAUUUCCGAACGGCCGUAAUGAACCGGGGGAGAGGCGCAGCUGAGAGAAUUGCAGAGAGAUGGAGAGGCUAAGUACCACGAGAUGGAUAGCUACUGUGACCAGCAUAUGGAUUCAGUGCAGCUGCGGUUCAUCCUACACCUUCAGCGUCUACUCCUCUGAGCUCAAAUCCACCCAGGCCUACGACCAAUCCACUCUCGACACCGUUUCCGUCUUCAAGGACAUCGGUGCCAACGCUGGUAUCCUCUCCGGCCUCCUCUACUCCUCCGUCACCCUCGGUAACCCACGUCUCCGUGGCCCAUGGGUGGUCCACGUCGCGGGGGCAGUCCAGUGCUUCAUGGGAUACUUUCUCAUAUGGGCCUCCGUCGUCGGUUUGAUUUAUCGGCCUCCCGUGCCGCUGAUGUGCUUCUUUAUGUUUCUGGCGGCUCAUUCUCAGACGUUCUUCAACACCGCCAAUGUGGUCACUGGUGCACACAACUUUCCAGACUAUGGUGGGACGAUCGUGGGAAUCAUGAAGGGAUUUCUUGGUCUCAGUGGAGCAAUACUAAUCCAAGUGUAUGAGACAGUGUGCAAGGGAAAUCCAAGCACAUACAUCCUUAUGCUUGCUCUGUUGCCUGCAUUUGUCUCCCUUGUGCUUAUGUUUUAUGUGAGAAUUUAUAAAGCAACCACGGGGGAUGACAAGAAGCACUUAAAUGGUUUCUCUGCUGUUGCGCUGAUCAUCGCCGGUUAUCUCAUGAUUAUGAUAAUUUUGGAGAACAUAUUCACUUUGCCAUUAUGGGCACGUAUUUCUACUUUGAUACUUCUUCUGCUUCUAUUGGUAUCGCCUCUUGGAAUUGCAAUCAAGGCCCAGAAGGAGGACUUGAGGAGAUUACCACAAAUGGAUUCAAUUCAUAGUAAUCUGUUAACUGAACAUGCCGAGCAAAUCACAUCACCAAAGUUUUCUACAGCAGAGGAUCCCAUAGAGAGUGGUGUAUUGCUGAGUGGUGAGGGCCAAAUGCAGGCCACUUCGGAUGAAAACAUGCUACUGAAUGAAGAAAACUUGAAUCUAUUGCAAGCGAUGCGUACUAUAAACUUCUGGUUGCUGUUUAUUGCCAUGAUAUGUGGAAUGGGCUCUGGGCUGGCUACAAUUAAUAACAUGAGCCAAAUUGGAGAAUCUCUCAGUUACACAACUGUGGAGAUAAAUAGCUUAGUUUCUUUAUGGAGUAUAUGGAAUUUCCUUGGCCGUUUUGGAGCAGGGUAUUUAUCAGAUUAUUUGCUGCACACAAGAGGUUGGGCACGGCCAUUGUUGAUGGCUAUUACACUAGCCACAAUGACUGUUGGCCACAUGGUUAUUGCUUCUGGUUUUCCUGGAAAUUUAUACAUUGGUUCAAUCCUUGUGGGAAUUUGUUAUGGUUCACAGUGGUCGUUAAUGCCCACGAUCACUUCGGACAUAUAUGGUGUUGGGCACAUGGGUACUAUUUUCAACACAAUUGCCACAGCAAGUCCAGUGGGAUCUUAUAUUUUCUCUGUAAGAUUGAUUGGGUAUAUCUAUGACAAAGAAGCUUCUGGUGAAGAUGACACAUGCUAUGGUACUCAAUGUUUUAUGUUAUCUUUUCUAAUCAUGGCAUCUGUGGCUUUGUUUGGUGUCCUUGUUGCUGUUGCGUUGUUCUUUCGUACUAAGAGGUUCUAUCGGUUGGUUGUGCUUAGACGUUUGAUGCAUUAGCCAAAUUGAUGACUACUAAAUAUGAAAGCUUUGUGCGCAUGGAAAGGUCAUAGAUGAGGCCAUAGCUUCUUAGGGAGGGAAUGGUAUCUCAGUUUUGAGGAGGAAAUUACAGUUUUAAGUUUGUCAUAUUAUUGAUAUUCAUUUCCUGUAGUUACAGUUUAUCAUCAUCUUGUUUGGAACUGUGUACGUGAUUUCCACUGUGAAGUAGUCGAAUUCUUACUCAUUACCAGCUCUUCUGAAGUGAGCUUCUUCUGGCUGCUUCACCUACAACAUUUAACUAAAAAGAGGAUGGGAAGUAUUGGAAAGUCGGAUCUGAGCUACCCUGCUUUAUAAAAGGAAUGCUUUUGUAGGUAGCUGCAGGUUGCUGAUUCAAAUUCCAUAUAACAGAGUUCAAGUUACUGUUUUUUUCUUCUCUCUGAAGACUCUGGGUCUCUGAUAUUCAAGGAGGUAGCCCUUCUUUGUGCUUUAGUCCGAGUAACAGCAAGUUUUGGUCUCAAAUAUUUGUUUCAAUGCCAAUGCUUUAAUAGCUGGCACUAAAUUAGCUGGAAAUCAGUUCGGGGCCUUUAUUGAAUUUUCCAAGGGUUUUCUUAUAUUCCUUUUCUUUGCUAUGGACUUUCUAGAGAUUUUGCAAGUUCAAUGGGUCUUUGAAUAUUUCUUUGCAAGCUCUGGAGAAGAAGGAUAAAGAUGAAUAUGAAAAGGUACCUCUGAACUGCAAAGCUGGUUGUAUAGUUCCCAAAAAUAUUGAUAAGAAGGUUUUGGCAAGGGUAGACAGGGAGGGGUUUUUUUUUUUUUUUUUUUCUCGAAAGAGUUGCGGUUUGGGGAUUUGGAAACAGAGCAGGGUGUUCAUUUGAAUUGGGAAGAAGUGGUUGGAUGAUUACAGAAAGGUCAAUUGGAAGAAGAUGAGAUUGUGGUGAAUUCCUGGUGAUAUGAAGUGUGUAUCAGUGUGGUGAAGGAUGUGAGAACGGAAACUUGCUUGCUUUAAGUUAUUUAAAUUCAUAUCAUAUUCUUAUUUAAGUUAAUUAAUGAAUUCAUUUUUUUAAACUUUCUUAUAUAUGAUUUCAAACGCUUGAAUUAUAAUA